GUUCUAGCCAAAGAUUUCAUCCAGCACUUAAUGGAGAAGGAUUCCAGCAAGCGCUUCACAUGUGAGCAGGCCCUGCAGCACCCCUGGAUCGCUGGAGACACUGCGCUGGACAAGAACAUCCACCAGUCUGUCAGUGAACAGAUCAAAAAGAACUUCGCCAAGAGCAAGUGGAAACAAGCGUUCAAUGCCACCGCCGUGGUGAGACACAUGAGGAAGCUGCAGCUUGGAACCAGCCAGGAAGGACCUGGGCAAACCACUCCAACCAGCCCCUGCGACCUGCUGGAGGCUGGCGCCAGCAACGGGUCAGACUCCAGGGGCUGUGACAGGUCGCUGGGGCCCAGCUCUCACCGCCCCCCCCAGGACUGACGGCACCCAGCAUGGCUCUGCCUCGCCAGCACUGCCCCACGGGGGCCCUGGCCUCGGGGACGACCUGCGCGGGGUGGGUGGCGCUGGCGUCUCAUUGCGGCGGCUGCCAUGCGCCAAGCCGGGCGACUGGACGCAGCCCUGGCAGGGCACAGCAGAGAGCUGGCCUGGGACUGAGACUCCGGGGGAGACAGCAACAGCAGCUGGCGCUUGGGGCAUGGCCGCCCCCCUGCAGGGUCCAGGCUCGGAACCCAGCAUUUCCCCUGGGGCAGAGCCAGGGCCCAUCCUCCCUGGGGGCCACGCCUGGGCUAGGCACACUGAUCCCCCUAUGCUGGGGCUUGCAUGUACUUGCUCACGACACUUCAGCCCCCUUCCCUCCCUCCGCUCCACAGGAGGGAGCUCAGGUACCAGGGGAGCUGGGGCUUGGGCUCUGGCCAGACCCCCAGCAAGGGGCCCUGAGCAGGCUACAUGCCUAGCUCCACUGCGGGGGGUAGGGCUUGGUGCAGCCCAGCUGCAGGGUGACUGGCUGGGGCUGGACUCUGCCGUGGAACAAGGGGCCGGUUCACCUAGCUGCAGUCCCCACUUCUAGCCCCCGUUCCUGCCCCCCACACCCAUGUCCCCGGCCCCUCCCCGCAUGGUCAAGCAGAAUUUCCACGCAAGGCUGUUUCUACGUUGACGCUUGUAUUAAAGGAAAGCAGCGAAUGCA